AAAAGAAAAGGCUCGCUUAACUGGCAGACAUUUUUUAUACGCAAAAAUGUAAAAAAUUGCUUUUCAUCAUAGCAUAUUGACGCGUUUGCUCAUGUUAAUCAUGCGUCUCGUAAUUAUUUUUUCGCGUUGAAUCUCGCGCCUUGCAGUCAAUUUAUUCCCGUAACCAUGACUAUCAUUCAAAUUUUUUCUUUUCAGUUGAAAAUUAGCUUGAAAGUUAAAGCAAUUGCAAACAAGUGAUUUUCUAAUUUCGUGAAACAUUUUUUUGAUUAAAUUUUCAUUUACUAUAACCAACAUUUGACUUGUUCACUUGAAACUUGUCUUCAGUUCAAGGAGAAAUGGCGUCAAAUGUUAAUCAUUUAGUGAAAUGUCAUGAUUGUGACAAAACAAUAUCCAUGAAAGACGAAUUUAAGGUCCACAAGUGUUUAACCUUUUAUUGUAACAACUGUCCAGCUCGAGGCACUUGCAAUUCAUGUGGCCAGGAAAUCGUGACUCCUGAUUUCAUUUUUCAUGGAAACUUAAAGCCAUGUAAAUUUACCAAUUGUGAAGAAGACGCAUCUCUACAUUGUACAUGUACUCAAAUGGAAUUGUGCGAGAUUCACAUGUUAAAAGUUCACAGCAAAGUACCUGAACAAAAGAGGUGUACACCUGUUUACUUGUACCAAGAAAAAGAAGAAACAUUUUGUUCGUGCAAAGAGUUUUAUUCUUCUUUUUACAACAAGUCUACCCAAGAAGAAUUGUGUUUUUCUUGUUUCAUUAAACUUGAGGACAAAAAUGAUUUCAUGGAAAAAGAUAGCUUGUCACACGAGUAUUUUGAAUCAAGACUGGAGCUGUUGAGAAAUUCUAUUUCUACUUAUUAUAGAUUGAACAAGUCACGUGAAGAGAAAUUUAAAGAUGAAAUUGAAAUUUAUAACAACAAGACUACUGAUGUUCUCCUCAAAGUUACUGAACUUGUUGAAGAAUCUAAAUUGAACAAUUUCAUGAAGCUAGCGCAAAUGAAACAAGCUAAUCGAGAAGCACAAAUCUUAGCAGACAAAUUAGGAGAUGCAGCUACUGUCUCAAUGCUCAUGAAAAUUGGUCAGAGUCACAAAAACAAACAGAAAAUUGUUCAUGAUAGGCUUGCGUCAUGGGUCAAGGAAAAGGUAAAAAGGCUCAAUCAACCAUCACUGUCAAAGAUAUUCAUUGACUUGAGGGAUCAAGGAACUCGUUGCAUUGUGCAAGAAACUAUUGAACCACCAGUCACCUCGAAUGAAGUUAUUUCGGAACCAGGAACAAGUGGUCUUAAGAUUGCGAGAACAACUAAACAUCAACUUGAGGGUAGUCCUCAAGGCAUUAGACCAUUUAAUAAACUUGUCAUUGAUAUGCGAAUUGGACCUAACGUUGAUCGAGAUGAGCGAAUUCAUGAACAAGAAGAUCAAGUGAGACCGGAACGUGAUGAAACGGAUUCAAUUCACACGGAUGAUAUUUUCGAGUCUGAAGAUGACUAUGAUCCAUGUUCCCCGGUGAUGGUUUUUGAUAACCAACAAAUAGGCCCAUUGAGGAAACUUGACUAUCAAGAGCAACAAGAAGUUCACGUAAGGUUAACUGGAAUAAGGUGUCCUCUUUGGCUCUUUUUCGAGAUUCCAGAGCUUCAAGAAAAACGAAUCGAAAUAAUAAAUAUGCUCGAUGAUGAAACAUUGAUCUUGACAAGAGCUUUUGAUAUCAAGACGGGUGAUUUUGUUAUCAUUCAGGAUAAAGAACAAUUUGGAUCAAAAAAGAAACGAGCGAAGAUCAUGAGACCAGGUACAAGUCCAAAUCGAUGGCUUGUCAAGCUCCUUGAUUAUGGACGCGCAAUUUCUGUUCCAGCCAGCAAGAUUUUCUCGUACCCUGAAACUUUUGACUACACGGAUGAAACAUGUUUUCAUGCAGCUCUGCUUGAUAUACGACCAAGAUCAAGAUUUGUUUUCGUGAUGAACCAGCCUUAUAACGCAGUUUGGUUUAUCAAGAAUCAACUUUUACACCCAAGUGGCCUAGCUAUGGUAACUCGAAAAUACAUGUCACAAGAUGGCCGUGUUUGGUGUCACGUCAAGUCAAAGCGAAACAAUGUCGUGUAUGAUUGGGCCAGGGAACUAGUAAAAGCUAAUUUGGCAUUAGCUUAUAUUGAAGCUUUCAUACCAUCGAAAGAUUAUUGUUAUCUUGGACAUUUUUAUGGAAAGUGUCGACAAGAUUGCCCGCGCGUACAUGAUUGUCCAUUCUGUGAGCAGAAACACCUCCUGACUUCUUGUUUUGCUUUGGUUCAAGAAACAAAGGCCAAAGAAAAACAAGCAAUUCGACUAGCAUGAUAUCAUGUAAAUUUUCAAUGUUUCAUUUUUCAAAAAUCACUUUCAAAAUUCAUUAUUU